CCAUUUGGUACCGACUUUUGAUGGAGAGACGGUUUGAGAGCGACCGACAUACAAUAAUGCCUCCAAAUUUUUUUGUUUCUCAUGCUUUGGAAGAAGGACAGGACUGGAGGGCGUUUAUGGCUGGUAUUGCUACAUACCCCAACUUCAUGGUUGCUUGGUGGGAUGUUGAUACGGUCUUAUUGCCGAUUCAUUCAUCCCCUAAUCAUUGGCUAUUUGGGGAACUACGAUUAGCGUCAAUGGAAGUGCAUAUUUAUGACAGUCUUGGUAGAGGUGCUUAUGAAAAAUUCCAAUCCGAAGGAAUCUUUUCCAAAUUUGAACGUCGGGUGGCAAAUUAUUUGGACAAGAUUAAGUAUUGGGCGCGGAGGAACAUCCCAAGGAUUCCAUUGAAUAUGCAAUUCAUUUAUGAAGAAAACGUUCCCCAACAAAGUAGUCAUUUGGGAGAUUGCGGUGUUUUUCUUUGUAUGUUUAUGGAGCAAUUGGUUUCAGGUCAACCAAUACGUGUUCUUAUUGACCCAAAGAACGCAGCUUUAGAGUUCCGUCUCCGGAUGGCAAAAAUUAUUUGGGGGUCUAGUCUUGCUCCUCUGUAGUUGGAUUAUAUAAAUGUAUAUACAAAUUAAUGUUGGAUUUCAUUAUUAGUUUAUCUUUAGAGUUUACUCAACGGAUGACAAAAAAUAUAACGUUACGACAAUUACAACAAUUUAAUGACCUACUAAUUACUUAUCAAUAAAUUCAACAUAAG